ACCAUCGGUCUAAUAUCCGGUGGGCGGCACUGAGGAAGUAGAAUCGCUUAACGAGGAGCGGAAUAUUCAUUUCGGAUUAAUCUUUCGCGCGUUAAGCCGUCGGCCGACUUAUGGAAAAAUUAUGGAUUGCAGUGAGAAUUGCAAACUCUACCGAGGACCGCCGGCAACGUAAUUACAUCGCGGUACUCGAAGAGAGACGGAUUAAGAAGUAUCCCCGCUGAUUCAUAAUUAUCCCGGGGAGGCAUUUGAUCUGAGUGAAAUGGCCAAUUUCUCGAAGAAACUCUCCGUUCGCACUUCGCUUUCGCGCGAGCCCGCAUAACGCCGCUCUUUCUCCAUUUCUUCCUGGCUGGGCAGCGUGCAUCACUUUGGACCUUUAAUUUCCUGCGCCCUUCACCCAGAACUAAACUCCACGUUUCGAAGAAAGAUUGAUGAGAUUAACGACGUGCAGGUUGCAAAAGUCGAGAUUCCGUCACGUGCACACACCCACACGCGUCGAUGGCUGGCCGGUAGAGAGAAGCCGGGGAUGAAUACGCAAAAUUUCUGCGAAAAGUUACCGGUCGCUGCAUCCUUCGACAUAUAUGUUGCCUCCUCGCCGAAGCUCGCCAAAGCUGCCUUAUCUGUGACCUGAAACCUUGCGGCGAAACAAAGUGCAACGGUAUCAGCUGUAUGUGCUUUCAACGAGUUUCGUUCUGCGAUAUCGGCGUAGCGCGACCGGGAUACGGAGGGGCCGGCGUAUGUAAAGUUUAUAAAUGGUAUCGGGUGAAACGCCAUACUGGAGCUGAUUAAAACACUUUGCCGUGUACUCCUGAACAUGUCGAGUUGAACAGAAACAAGCGAUACAUACGUGACUUUCGUUACGCCGUAAUUUGCCUGGAUGUAACACGUUUCAAGUGUCCACGUUUUUAGACACCUGUUACGAAAAAAUACGCGAGUCAUAUAAUUUUCUCUUUUCUACGUCACAACGUGUACGUAGAAAAAAAUCGAUCCGUGGCUGUACGCUCGGUGAAUGCAAUGCGAGCUAAUCACAUUCCCCGGGGGGGGAGGAGGGGAUUGCGUUACACCUAGCGCGCGCGAGGACAGCCGUAUCCCUUCGCGACUUUCGACGCCGACGUCGUUCGCCGAACGUUGUUUUAUCGCAUGUCGCCGAGGAAAAUAACGCCAGUCACGAUCGCGCCUCGCAAUAUCUCGCCGAGAGAACUAGAUUUUUCCUUCCUCAUAUUUCGCAUUAACGGGCUAACGCACGGGUGUACUACACGGAGGGUAACUCAUACGCGCCGGGAAUUCCCGGCGUCGGAUACGAGGGAAUAACGGCAAGUCGGCGCGGGAGGGAAAGCUGUCAUUCUCCGGUGUGUCUACCGGAAUCCCGAGUCCCGUUCGGCUAAUCUUAAGACACGCCGCGGUAUUGCGAAAUCCGACGGAAUUUACAUACGUUCAAAUCCAUGCCGGAAGAUUCAGCCUGAUACUCUCGGCGCCGCUCGAAAUUCGUCUCGCGUAUUAUCCUUCGAGAUGCGCGAACCUGUCACGCGUACGUCGCGAUUCCUUUCCGCCCUCUCCCCCCCGUUCGCCAACGAAUAUUACGCUCGUGUAAUUCGACUUGCUAUGUGUAAUCGUCACAAAGGAAUCCGUCUUCCCAUGGGACCCCAUCGCGCGCGCGCAUUCCUCCGCGUCUCUCCUCGCCUUUUUAGCCGAGCUUUUGUCUUUCGGUCGCGACGCGGAAGUAUCGCGCUCCUUAUGUCUCCCUUAUGUCAGCGGGAGAACCGCGUCUUCGUAGCGGCUCAGGCACGAAUAUUCCUCAAAGAUGUCAUAACCCUGAAUCGCGCGCCUUCAAGACCGGAAACCACAUCUCAUAUAAUAAAUAGCGCGCAUUUCUUCGCCCAGGACUCGACCCGCCCCCGCCGGCCGACUCGGCUGAUCGUCCUCGUGGCAUGGAGUCCUCCUAGAGAGUCGUCACGAUGCCUCAAGCCGAUGUGCACACUGGAAGGCAGAAGUCAUCGUCUAUGGACCGAGGACGAUGAACGUCAUGGAGAACCAAACGGCUGAUUAUCAUGGGGACGUUUACCAAUGGAACCGUACGGUAUCGGCGGACGAAGGAGACGCCAAGGCAGAAUAUUACCUGCCCAACUGGACCGAUCUCGUCCUGGCGGGAUUAUUCACGAUACUGAUUAUCGUUACUAUAGUCGGCAAUACCCUCGUGAUCGCGGCUGUAAUUACCACCAGGCGAUUACGGUCCGUGACUAAUUGUUUUGUGUCUAGCCUAGCGGCGGCGGAUUUACUAGUCGGCCUAGCGGUGAUGCCACCGGCGGUGUUGCUGCAGAAUCUCGCAAUGAAGAUGCAGCCGGAGGAACGGAGGAACAGCGGCUCGUUUCCGUGUCUCGAGCGCGAGGCCAUUAGCUCCCUGCAGCCCUUCGUAAAAAUGUGUAGCAUCUCGAAAAUGGAAUAUCCUUUGGUGAAGCUUACAGGAGGGACUUGGGAGCUGGGCGAGAUACUGUGCGAUUCUUGGGUCUCCCUCGACAUUCUGCUGUGCACCGCCAGUAUUCUCUCGUUAUGCGCCAUAUCUAUAGACAGGUACCUGGCGGUGACGCAGCCGCUGAUAUACAGCCGCCGUCGGAGGAGUAAAAGACUGGCCGGGCUGAUGAUCGUCGCGGUGUGGAUCACGGCUGGUGCCAUAACGAGCCCGCCCUUGCUGGGCUGCUUUCCGCGGGCGACGAACCGCGAUGUGAAGAAGUGCUCCUACAACAUGGACUCCUCCUACGUGAUAUUCUCAGCGAUGGGCAGCUUCUUCCUGCCGAUGCUGGUGAUGCUGUACGUGUACGGCAGGAUUUCGUGCGUCAUCGCGAGCAGGCACAGGAAUCUGGAGACCAACGAGCCGGAGAACGUCCGCACGCGCCGUAAAAUCACGAUCGAACGCAGCAGAAGUGUUCGGGCGCAACGAGCGGACUGCGUGGAGAGCAGCGUGACGUGCGACAGACUGUCCGAGGAAGCCGAGCCGGCGAACAUGUGCAGAAAGUUGGGCACAAUUCGCGGCAAUCAGCAGAGCUGCAUCAACAGGGUCGCCAGGGAGACAAAAACCGCGGGCACCUUGGCGGUGGUGGUGGGCGGUUUCGUCGCGUGUUGGUUGCCGUUUUUCAUUCUGUAUCUGGCCACACCGUUCGUACCUGUGGAGCCUCCGGACAUCCUCAUGCCCGCUUUAACCUGGCUAGGAUGGAUUAACUCGGCCAUCAAUCCGUUUAUCUACGCCUUCUAUUCGGCUGACUUCCGACUCGCUUUCUGGCGACUAACGUGUCAGAAAUGCUCCAAGAGCAGGCUGAACUUGGAUGGCACGAAUCGGAAAUUACCCACUCCGGUUAACUGGAAGAAAGACACGUCGAGGACGUGAAGAUCCCCUCGUGCCCCCUCCGCCCCUCCGCACAUAUAUGAGUUCCGAACUUACUUAAUUACGUGGCGACCGGAAUUAGAGGAACGACAGUCGACUGCGUCGAACUUUAUGUUUACUCGCAACCGCGCGGCACGUUGUCGAAGAAUGACACGCGCCGCGGAGGUAUGCGUGUCCGUCGACAUUCUAUGUAGACGCUGCUAGACGAUCGAUCGAUUAUGAUUUAAUGACGUUUUAUAUGACAUACGCAAACUUCACUACGCACAGUAUACGCGGGAAUACGCGCGUAAGCUCUCCACUCCCGAGAGAAUCGCAUGAAUAAUUUUUCUCCCUUUGGGCGCGACGUCGCGCGCAGCGAUCGACCCGGCUGGUCGUCCAUAGUUUCGUUUCGAGCGAGUCGUUUGUUAGCUUUCAAAUACUUUCGUUCACGCUCGAUCGAGCCCCGCGCUUUUUCCGGAGCUCCUUAACAAAUUUCACAAUUUUAUUUGAACGAAUCUUCCGUUUUUUCUUAAACUUUCGGAGAAGCAGCGUUUACUCGUUUCCAUUGUAGUGACUUCACUUCACUUCACUUCACUUCGUUCCGUCGCUUUGCGUCGCGUGCGAGAAGGUGCAUCCGUGUUAGUCCCAUUGAAAAAUUCGUCGAUACGCCUGAGUCGAAAUUCAAAAUUCACGGUAAGUCUCUCUCCGAUGCCGAUUUAUAUCUCUAAAUAAUGCUCCUCGGGUCGCGAGUCCUCUCUUGAAUCUGCCAACGCCUCCUUUUCACUUCCAUUUUCCUUCUUAUCGCAGUGAAUACAAAUUUAAAUCUCUAUUGGUAUAUUCUGGACACACAGCUGCCGUCUUCGUCCUCGCGGUUCUUUACUCUCCGCUCCCUUUUGAAUUCUCAAAUCCUAUCAAAGUCCUGCUGUGUGGUCCAGUGACGAUACGAAAUAAUGAUAUAAAGAUUAUGAGGGGGAUAGUCUGUUAUCUUAUCUUUUUGCGUUUGAGUUUGUGUAAAAUCAUUUAAUAUUUGCUUGUUGUAUGAUAUAAUCAUCUAUCUGCAAUUAACUAAGUUACAUGACUAACACGUAGCUUGUUAAAAGUAAGAAUGAGGAUUAAAUGCAAAUAGAUUAUUGGGAUAAUCAAAUAUUGAAUAAGUAAAUCCUUCUUCAAGUCUUAAUUUGAAGAAAACAGCGAUAAACAACCGUUUCUAUCAGGAAAGGAGGACGAGGAGCCUGUGCAACGUUAUGUCUCGAAAUUCUCCGUUGAUCUUUCAAGUUUGGACGGAAUAUAUUUUAGUUAGUGAGGAAUCCAAAUUUCGACUCGGGCAAUCGAUAUAACGCAAAUGAACGUAUGUCUAACUUUCUGUCUUUAAUAAGAUCGAAAUAAAAAAGGCGCAUUUCUUCUACGUGUCACGUAAACUUAUUUCCCCAGGCAGUUAAAAUUAUUUUCUUGUUCACCUCUUCGUAUGCACGGCGCGAUACAUUUAGGGAAGUAAAAUAAUACCGCUUAAGAGUAAAUAUAUUGCAAUUUAUGCAAAUAUAUGCGGUAUGAAUAAAUUUAUGCAUAUUUUUCAUGUGUAUAAUAUAAUUCGUCAGUACUUCACGGAGGUUUUUUUUUGAUACAUCAUAUCGCGUGUAGCUACUUUAUUGACGUAUUCGCAUUCGCAUUUAAAUAUAAACGUACGUAAGUUUAGUGCAGACGUACUCGGAGCAUGUAGCAGAUUCUCCUGAUGAAAACAGAGAUUAUGAUGUGAUGAUAUGAAAAAUUUACGCGACUGUAGUGUAUAGCGAUGUUUAAUCUCACGAGAAAAGUAAUGUACAAUAGAUUAUACAAUAAGGUGUAUGACUGAUGCCUAAUCUGUGAUCAAUAUUGAUGUAAUCAUCAUCAUAUUCAUUCGUGACAUUUGUAUACGACGAAUAAAAAUUGAGAUUUUUCCUGUUCAAUCGCCAUAUUAUUGUACGCGUGUAUCUAGUCUCUCUCUCUCUCUCUCUCUCUGCGUCUACAUUUCGGUAAAAAAAUUUUGCAUGCAUAUUUUAUAUCCGAUGUUCCGAGGAAAACUUGCUAUAUGCAUCGAAUACUUCAUAUCAAUACUUCUUAACCAACACUUCGGCAUCAGAAAUGUGUAAUAUAUAAUUUGAACAUAUAAUAAUUUAUAUUUAUUUAUUUACGUAAGCAAUGUGUAGAACAUAACAACGAAACAUCAUACGUAUUGAAUCACGCGAAUUUAUAAAUAUGAAGAUGGAGGAUGAGAAGAAUCGUGACUUAUAUAUAUCACUCGAAAAGGAACUGAUAAAUAUUUGCAGCCUUCGAUCGCAAGUGUUUACCAGUCCUAAUUUAGAAAAUUCUAUCAUUUUAGAAAAAAUGUUAGGCAAAAGAUAUAUGUUAAAUUAAUUAUAGAUAUUAGUUAAUUGAGAGAGUAGGAA